UAGGGAACCCAAAGAAUAUAACUUAAUAUCCUUACAUUAUCUGCCGGGACACAAGGCUGUAGGAGGAGGACAAAGGGUUUGCAUGGGUUUAUCUGUUUAUGUGUCCCUUUAAUCCCUUCUUUUUUGCCCUUUCCCCAUCCACCUUGCAGGCUCAUGAGCGUCUGGAGGAGACAAAGCUGGAGGCUGUGCGGGACAACAAUUUGGAGCUGGUCCAGGAGAUACUUAAAGACAUCACACACAUUGCUCAGCAAGAUAGCACAGCCGCUGAACUGGCCCGCAUCCUCCAGGAGCCCCACUUCCAGUCCCUUUUGGAAACCCACGAUUCUGUUGCCUCUAAGAGCUACGAGACUCCACCACCUAGUCCUGUCCUGGACCCCAUGUUCAACAACCAGCCAGUUCCACCAGAUGCUGUACGCAUGGUGGGAAUUCGUAAGACUGCUGGAGAACACUUGGGCGUGACUUUCCGUGUGGAGCGUGGUGAGCUGGUCAUUGCACGUAUCCUGCAUGGUGGCAUGAUUGAUCAGCAGGGGUUGCUGCAUGUGGGCGAUAUUAUCAAGGAGGUGAAUGGGCAGGAAGUGGGCAGUGAUCCACGAGCCCUCCAAGAAGUGCUAAAAAAUGCAAGUGGAAGUGUUGUACUCAAGAUCCUGCCCAGUUACCAGGAGCCACAUCCACCACGCCAGAUAUUUGUGAAGGCGCAUUUUGACUAUGAUCCAGUCACUGACAACCUCAUUCCCUGCAAGGAAGCUGGUCUGAAAUUUGUAGCUGGAGAUCUUCUUCAGAUUGUCAACCAGGAUGAUCCCAACUGGUGGCAGGCCUGCCAUGUGGAAGGUGGCAGUGCAGGGCUGAUCCCAAGCCAGCUGCUGGAAGAGAAGCGCAAGGCUUUUGUGAAGCGUGACCUUGAAGUCACACCAACUUCAGGGGCCUUGUGUGGAAGCCUUAGUGGGAAGAAAAAGAAAAGGAUGAUGUAUUUGACCACCAAAAAUGCAGAGUUUGAUCGACAUGAACUGCUGAUCUAUGAAGAAGUGGCUCGAAUGCCCCCUUUCCGCAGGAAAACUUUGGUGCUCAUCGGUGCCCAGGGGGUUGGACGACGUAGCAUUAAGAACAAGCUUAUCAUGUCUGACCAGUCUCAGUAUGGAACCACCAUCCCAUACACCUCACGGAGGCCCAAGGAACAUGAAAAAACUGGACAAGUCUACAGCUUUGUGACUAGAAAUGAAAUGGAGAGAGACAUCAAAGCAGGCCGCUAUCUGGAACAUGGUGAAUAUGAGGGGAACCUCUAUGGAACUAAGAUUGACUCCAUCCAUGAGGUUGUGGAGUCAGGCAAAAUGUGUAUCCUGGAUGUUAACCCACAGGCUGUGAAGGUGUUGAGGACAGCUGAGUUCGUUCCAUAUGUGGUGUUCAUUGAAGCACCAGAUUUUGAGACUUUACGAGCUAUGAACAAAGCAGCUUUGGAAAGCGGUAUAGCUACUAAGCAACUCACGGAUGCUGACCUGAAGCGAACUGUGGACGAGAGCUGCCGAAUCCAGCGAGGCUAUGGCCAUUACUUUGAUCUCUGCUUAGUGAAUGAUAAUAUGGAGCGGACAUUCCAGCAACUUCAGGUGGCCUUGCAGAAGCUGUACAACGAAUCACAGUGGGUUCCUGUCAGCUGGGUUUACUAGGAAGGAGUUCCCCUCUCCAGAGGUCCGUAGCCUCUGAGCCUUGAUUUUCCCCACCUUCUACUAUCUCCAUUUUUGCCAGGGGAGCCUAGACUUUUUUUUUUUAAAUGUGCCCAUGUCCCUUUUCAACCGUCAACCUUACUCAAGUGUCUAGGCUGUGUAGAUUAAAUUCAGUUGGCUUCACUCUAUUCUAGAGAAAAGGUGUUUUCUCAUUCUGUUU